UGGCUUCUCUGACAGUCUGAUUCAAGACAUCAUCUACAGUUAUCUGGUUUUACCAAACCGCAUCACCAUCCCUCUGGUCGGAGAUGUGGAACUGGCCAACCUACGCUUCCCCAUGCCGAAGGGGGUCCUGAGGAUUCACUUUUUGGAGGCUCAGGAUCUGGAGGGGAAGGAUAAGUUUCUGGGCGGCCUGAUCAAGGGCAAGUCUGACCCUUAUGGCAUCCUGCAGAUUGGAAACCAGCUGUUCCAGAGCAAGACGGUCAAAGAGAGCCUCCACCCUAAAUGGAACGAAGUUUACGAGGCGUUGGUGUACGAGCAGUCAGGUCAACACCUUGAGAUCGAGCUAUUUGACGAGGAUCCAGACAAAGACGAUUUCCUUGGAAGCCUGAUGAUCGAUAUGACCGAGCUGCACAAAGAACAGAAAGUCGACGAGUGGUUUGAACUGGAGGAAACUUCAACUGGGAAACUCCACUUAAAACUGGAGUGGCUGUCUCUGCUCACCACACCUGAGAAGUUGGAGCAGGUGCUGCGAAGUGUGCGUGCAGACAGAAGCCUGGCCAAUGACGGGCUCUCGUCAGCGCUGUUUGUGGUCUACCUGGACUCAGCCAAGAACCUCCCAAGCAACCUGUCAGAUUUCACCUAUGACGGGUUGAAGCAAGUCUCAGUCUUUAAGGCCCUGAAGGUAACGUGGGAUAAAUGGAUUGCAUGUUCACAUCACCCCCCCCCCCCCCCCCCCCGUGUCCCGUCUGUGCUGCUCUCU